AAAGCGGAACCAAUGUAGCACAUACCGAAAAGCCAGAUAAAACAGAUAAGUAGAUAAUAAUCCGACAUGAAUCAAAUGCUUAACUGUUUUCAGGUCAUAAUAAUCGUUCAUUUCUACCUUUUUAAUGAGUAGUGUAUAAAUACAAAAUGGUUCAGUUCAAAAGGUCCUUAGUGUUGUCAACAUGUUUCCUUUCUGGGGCCGCCAGUAUAAUUUCCUUCGUGUCCCUUUUUACCCAGGGAUGGGUUUACUUUGAUGGGCGCUUUUCUUCACAAUCUGAUAAAUCAAUAACAACCUUCAAUUAUGGUCUCUUUGGUGGAACGUACUACCAAGGAUAUGGGGCUUUGAUGGCUGCGGAUAUUUCAAUGACCUGCUCCUACUCUAAAAAUGCUUGUGCCGUUCUUUGUGCUGAAAGUUCAGACAAAGAAAGUGAACUUUUGGAUGAAUUGUAUGAUGGAACAUUGCAUACUUGGAAUGUAUUAAAAUGUGCCCACACCAGAUCUUUGACUGAACUCAGGGAGAGAGAAACUAAAGUGAGAAUGGCACUACAAGUAUUCUACGAAUCCGAAGAUGAUAGAGUGUUCAUAAACGCCUACGCCUAUCUAUUCACGAUGAUAUUUUUGAUAAUAUCAUGCUUGAUAGGCUUGAUUUGCGCCGUAUUGUCAGUGUGGAACACUGCAGCCAACCCUGUUGAGGUCUAUUUCAACAUUUUUGGCCUUUACAUCUACAACGGCCUAGCCUUUGGAAGCUUGCUGAUUGCUGUGAUUAUUUGGGGCGUUAUGUUUUGCAGCACAUUGGCUGAUCAUCCUUCUUUCAUUCUGUCUAUAUUAGGACAAUUAGUGGCCGAUAGUGUGUCACUUGGAUGGUCUUACUGGAUCAACAUGAUUUCCCUUUUACUUUACGCUAGUUCCAUAGGUUUGUUAUAUUUAAGAAGUGUUUUAUUAGCAAGGGAGCCACAGUUGAAAGGAGAAAUUGAAGACAAUGCACCCGCUGGUAUACUGUUGUUCUAGACUGAAAAAAAAUUGUGAUAUUCUGAUGGUGUAUUUUAAAUAUUUAUGUAUUAAAUAAUGAUAAAAAAGAUAA